CACCAAUCCGUGAUGGGAAACCUCGCGAGUUCGAAUCUCGUCAGUGUCAUCUUUUUAUCAUUUUUAUUCUCGCUUGUGGGUAAUGUUUAUCGAUCAAUCGCAUGUGGACACAUCACAUGUGGAUGCCAUUGUCAUCGUCCACAGUGACGACGGUAUAAGACCCUGCAGCAUUCUGGACAAAAUUGUAUCGCAGUAAAAAUGGCGGACCAAGGCACAGCCUUAUGUACUCCCCCCCUGCCAUCUCCCUCGAAAUCUCGCUGUCGUCCAGUACCCUUACGGCUACAAAGCCUUGGAGUCGAUCCGAGCCUUUUAGUCGGCAAGGUACUAACGAAACUCAGUCGUUCUUCAAAACAUCCUACUUUAACCCUGAACUUCUCGGACAAUACCACAUUUCAAAUUCUUGUUGAUGGUUAUGAUCCUGUUCAUAGAGGUCUCCCGAAAGAACUUGAAAUGGACUCGUCUCUAGAGCAGCUUCUCGCAACAGGGCAAGCCCACGUAGAGUGGACAAUCAAAGAUUGCGCUCUGAUAACCUUGACAGACAAGGCAUUCGAGUCGAGAGAGAGAGAACAACGGUGGGACCAGAAUCAUACCGGAGUCGCAUUUCGCUUCAAAGAAGACCAAAUGUGGCAUUGCGUAUGGGCCACCCUGACGGAUCAUGACCAUGGCACAUGCGUUUUUCGCAGCUAUGAUGACGUCUAUAUUGAUCAACUACAUCGUCUUCCUCGAAAACGUCGUGCAAACGUACCCGACUCUCCCAUAAAUCUUCACUGAUCGUCACAUCGAUCAAGUCUCCCUUAGCACGAGGUUUUAUAUAUAUAAAGAUAUUUAUAUUUACCUUCUGUCCACACACAAAAGUUGCAUUUGUACCACUACUGUAUCUCAUAUACACCAUCGGACUACGCACCGUGCAAUUUCAAGGAUGUUGAUCAUCUUAUAUCUUCCAGGGACUUUUGCUUCUAACGCAGAACUGUUGGGAGGUAGUCGCCAGUGUGUAUCAGAUCGAAACGUCGAUGAAAGAAGGCAAGCGUGGUCCCAAGUCGGUGGGCGACCAUUCCCAGUCCAUACUUGAUCGGCAAUCUACACAUGUAGCCAUAAACUGUAUUUUGCGCUCAUGAUCACACCAUACCAUUCCUGGUGUCUGCUGCAUUAUGAAGAAUGACAAGUUCCGAUGUUGCGUGUGAUAGAAACGUCAUUCUAGAUCUUUGAAAAUUGCGAUAGGCUGCAUGAACAAUUUU